AUGAGUGAAGGAGGGGCUCCGAAAACAGCCCCAGCGGAGCAAUCCGCCCCCAAAGAUACAAAUCAGGUGCCCAGAAAAGGCAAUGAUGGCUCACCUACCAAAAAUGUGAAGGCGGGUGCUGCACCCCCUACCAAUCCAUGGGCCAGGAAGGAAUUGACUCCCGAGCCCGCCAAAACGGCACCCGCACCUAAUAAGGCAGCUGAGACACCGCCGCAAAAGAAAUCCGGAGCAUCAAGUCCAGCGAAAGUCGCGAAGGAUGAAACCCCUCCCACGACAAAGAGUGGACCCAAGCCCUCGUGGAAAAAGCAGAGCAGUCAGGACAACAAGCCCAAGACGGCUGUCCUAGACGAUCCCGAUCUGUGGCCGGAUCUUAAGGACGAGCCAGAGACCACCAGCACAACUGAGCCCAAACAGACUGACGCGGGUACUGCGGCAGAGCGUGAGGCUACUCGCAAGGCGAACAAAGGUACAAAAUGGGUCCCUUUCAAAAUUGAGCCGGGCACAGCACCUGCCGGUGGGGCCGACGGCUCAAGCAACGAACAGAAUAAAGGCAAAAGCAAAUCUCAAAACCACAAUUCAGAAAAGGCACAAUCCCAAAAUAGCCGGGAUGGCCAACACAGUAACCAUGGCAACCACGGUCACCAUCAGAAUAAUAGCCAGAGUGGGGGCCAAGGUUCGAAAACCCGCAAGAAAUCACAUGGCAGCAAGGGCGGGCAUGGGGUCAGAGCAGCGCACAACAACGUGCCCGUAGGUAUAGACCCUAGCAUGGUCGCACAUCCCUAUGCUUACAACAUGCCAUAUAGCGGUCCCCGGUCAAUGGGAGGUCGGCCGUAUGAGAAUGCUGUCGUACCACCCGCACAGGCGAUGGGUGCCACACCACACAUGGGGGCGCCAAACAUGUACAGUGGGGGGGUCUUUUAUCCGCAAAAUAUGCAGCAGAGUGAGAAGGUGCUUAAGGCUAACCUCAAGAAGCAGAUUGAAUACUACUUCAGUACCGAGAACUUGUGCAAAGAUCUCUUCCUGAGGCAACAAAUGGACAAGAACGGAUACCUGCCACUGUCCUUCAUUGCGAAUUUCAACCGAGUGCGACUCAUGACCAACGACCUGAGCAUGAUUGAGAAGUCGCUGCGGGGUAGUACGGUGUUAGAGGUGACCAAACAGUACGACAUCCGCAAACGCGAAGAUGCGCUGCGAUGGCCCAUUCUGCGCAAGGCGGACGGCAGCUUCCCCUUCACACCCCCAGGCAUCCCCGCCAACCCCACGGAGAAGGAGGACUUCCGACGCAAGCUCGAGGAAAGCCAUAAGAGCGACGACAAGAAUGGAGCCGCUCCAAGCAAUACGGGCGCUAAGAACGAAAGCGAUACUAGCAGGACGCAAGAGCAGGAGGAUCUGUGGACCGAGGUCAGGCGUGGCAAGAAGAAGAGCAUCUCAUCUGAGACCAAGAAACCAGCGCAAGGCAGCAAAGGCCAGAACAAGAACAAAGCCAAUUCUCGAGGCGAUGUUGACAACAAGGCGCCCGAAGACAGCCAGAUCGAGGAAUUGGAGUUCGAGUUCGAAGAAGACCUUGAAAAGGCCAAUUACGGCGAGGUGAAAGACCGGGGCAUGUCUGGUAUCAAUGACUUUACCGAUGAUUCUGAUCCUGAGUGCGAUAGUGAGAUUGAAGACGAGGAUGUGGAUAACAUUGUGAUUGUCACACAGACACCCCCAGCACCCAAGGGCAAGGGACGCAUGGCCGUUAUGCAGGAGACUACUAGCGGCGGCGGUGCUGUGGGCGAACCCGCGGCACAGAAAAAGAAGAUCAAAGCCGAGGAAUGGGCCGAGAUGAUCAACAUCGGGCUGUACUACUACGAGCAGGACAUGUACAAGGACGACUACGUAGGCUCCACCGAUGUGACUGAGGGGGCCAUUGAUAUGUCAAGCACAGGCGCACGCACACCACGAACCCCCAAGACUCCCAAGACCCCAGGAGUCACCCAGGCGCCCCGUUUCUACCCUGUCAACGAGAAGAGAGACCCCAAAAAGGAGGGCCGCAAGGGCAAGACAAAGUACAGUAGCAACCCACCCAAGGAAUCCCAUGUGGGUUGGAUGAUGGCGCCCGUCAAUGAUGACCAGGACGCAGACGGUACUGAUGGCACCAAGAAGAUCGGACCGCCUCAACCCAUGGCUAUGCCAGGCAUGACACCCAAGGACGCCUCCGCCAUGUCAUUCGGCUCAUUCCAGCACCCGUCGCACGAUCUGCUGCGUAGCGACUGUUUCGUACAAACCAAAUACAACAAAUACCACGCUAAGUGUCUCCGAGAACGCAAGAAAGCUGGUGCGGGCCACUCGCAGGAGAUGAACACGCUGUUCCGUUUCUGGUCGUUUUUCUUGCGUGAUCAGUUCAACAAGCGCAUGUACCAGGAGUUCAAAACGCUGGCUCUCGAGGACGCGCAGACUGGCUACAGGUACGGAUUGGAGUGUCUGUUCCGAUUCUACAGUUACGGUUUGGAGAAGAAGUUCCGUCCCGAGAUCUUCGCCGAUUUCCAGCAUGAAACUCUGCAGGACUACAAGAACAAGUACGUGUACGGACUUGAGAAGUUUUGGGCCUUCAUCAAAUACCGCAGAGACCCACGACCGGUGGAGAUCUGUCCGGAGCUGAAGGCGACGUUGGCCAACUUCAAGACUCUGUCGGACUUCAAGGCGGCUGCCAGUGCAUUCGAGCAGCAGCGCAAAUCCGAGGCCAAGAAUAAUCCGAAAGCCAAGACACAGGACAAGAAGAAGGGCGGUGAUAAGGAGGGCAAGGGCACCAAUGAGAAGACAGAGAAUAAGGAAAAGGCCGUAGAGGCGGAACGUAAGAAGAGUGAGGCUAAAGCUGUGGAUGUUCCGGCUGCUAAGGAGUAGAGUGGCGGAGAGGAGGGUGGCGGAGGGCUCGAAGGCAUUGUACAUAGUUUUAAAACAGACCAAUACGCAUAUACACAUACAUAUGUUUAUAUUUAUUUAUAUAUAUAUAGGUAUAUAUUUGUACAUAUCUGUAUAUAUAUAUACUUGAAUACAAGCUCUCAUCUGCACACCGUGGUGCAUGUGAUGUGACUGUGGUCCGAUUGAAGCGAGGACACGAGCACGCGCACACAGUGCAGCCGUUCGGAUAGACACAAGGUGUUUACGUACGGUUUGGGGGUACGUAUUCUGGGCGAGUAUUGGUCUACCAGGGCAGGCGAUGCCGAGAAAAGCCGUUUGCGUAUGUACUAUGCGUUCAACGUACACUCGGCGAGUAUUGGUGGACUGGUAGGAGAGGAGUUGAGAAUAAUAACCACGUGCGUGGUGGAGCGUAUAGGCUUGAUGCCGACGUUUCUAUUGGUUAUUAAUAUGUUUAUAGUUUUAUUAAAGUCCAAGUUAGGGUCA